GCGACUCUGGGGCUCAAAACGCGCCUAGAAUUUUGACCGCGUGCACCGGUCGUCUGGCCCACGGUGCGCUCCGCGCCGACAGGUCGCACUCGACCACCAAUUUUAUCUAUGAUAGGCUGCCGUGCGCGUAACUGGUAACCAGAAAAAAUCGUCUGACGGUCUUCCUUCGCAAGCGAGCCAACAAGAGUGUGGACUGACAGCGACACGACCCAGAGCGGCUCGCGCGGGCAGAGCUUGCCGUCGUCGGUAGGGAGACAGACAUCAAGCAGCCAUGGAGCGCUUCGCAGGACGAGUGGCCGUGGUGACCGGGGCCAGCGCAGGCAUCGGGGCCUGCAUCGCCUCGGACCUCGCCAAGGCGGGCAUGGUGGUCGUCGGGGUGGCCAGGAGGAGAGACCGGCUGCAGGACCUGGCCGCGUCGCUGAAGGCGUGUGGCGCGACGGGCCGCCUGGAGGCGGUGCAGGCCGACCUGUCCAGCGUGGAGGAGGUGCGGAGGGUGUUCCAGUGGGUGGAGGACAACCUGGGCGCCGUCUCCGUGCUCGUCAACAACGCCGCUGUCAUACAUCACAAACCAACUCAAGAAUUGGAUUUAACGAAGAUACAGAAUAUUAUCGCCACCAACUUGACUGCAGUCACGGUCGGUUGCAAGGAGGCCAUCGGAAGCAUGAAGAAGCACGACAUCAAGGACGGGCACAUCAUCACCAUCAACAGUGUGGCGGGGCACGUGGUCAUCAACAGCCCGCUGAUGUCCCUUUCUCUCUACUCGUCGACCAAGCACGCCAUCACCGCCCUGUGCAGAGGCGUGCGUUUCGACGUGCAGAGGAUCCCCGGCUUCAAGAUCCGAGUCACGAGCCUGAGCCCUGGAGCCGUGGACACGGACAUGCUUCCUCGGCAGUACGUCAAGUCCUUCGCUGAUCCCGAACGCAUCCUCAAGCCUUCCAACGUGUCCAACGCCGUCCUGUACGCUCUCGCCUGUCCCCCGUCAGUCGAAAUCACCGAACUCACCAUCCAGCCGAUCGGAGAGGCGUGGUAGCCGCGGCCCAUCUACCGAGGUAGGACCCUCGCCGCUAGGUCUCCGCGCACGCCUAUCUCAGCAGAGACGCAGCGCCUUCCGCGGACCCAGCCUGCCGAAUGAGGCGCCCACUGCUGGCCUUGGCAGAGUGCGACUAGGCUAGGCAGCGUGACGAGGCGGCUUUCGCAACGCCGUCGCGGUUCUAGCGCUGACUCCAAAUUUGCCUCCAAUUAACAACCGACACGAAGAGCAGACGAAAACGAAAUACAUACUACUGUCCAUGACAGGCUGCUGCUACACACCUCCGUUCCGGUAUUCUUAGCUCUUAAUUGUAAUAAUGUUUUUUUAUUAUUAAAGUUGAACAGUGUUCACAAAAUCAUCUCACAAACAUA